AUGACGCGACAGAUUCUUCUAUCCCUUUUGGGGAUCCUCGUCGUGGGCGCAGAAGGAUUGAAGUGCGGUCAUCCAGCGGUGCCGAUGAACGCCAAAGUGUCGUUGUCCGAUGAAUCGUUGGAGACCGGCAGUUCGGCGACGUACACGUGCGACACUGGAUACGAAUUAUUCGGCAGCGGCAGUCUGACGUGCAACGCCCGAGGAAAAUGGCAGGGGGACCUACCAUUCUGCGGUACGAACGUUGCUUUCCGGAAACCGACGAACCAAUCGACGACUGUUCGAGGGGGCGACGCCAGCCACGGGAACGACGGUGACUCGAGCACGGAGCACGACGGGAAACGGUGCACGGAGACUCAAAGCGAGCCAAGCCCGUGGUGGAAGGUCGAUCUUCUGAGGUCGUACUCGGUAAAGGUCGUCAGAGUAACGACCAGGGGUUGCUGCGGUCACCAACCUCUUCAGGACAUCGAGAUACGCGUCGGUAACAGUAGCGUGGAGCUGCAACGGAACCCACUGUGCGCCUGGUUUCCUGGCACGAUCGAGGAAGGAAUCACGAAGACAUUUGUGUGCGCGAGGGCGUUGAUCGGGCAGUACGUGUUCCUACAGCUGGUCGGGGUCGAGGGAAGCUUGAGCCUCUGCGAGGUGGAGGUGUUCGCCGUGGACGAGUUCUCGACGGACAGGUGCGCCUAUUCCGGGACGCCGGCCGACGCCGAUCUGGCCGCCUUCAAUUCCACCUGUUACGAGUUCGUGGUGAAGAAGGGCGGCUCGUUUCUGGAAGCACGAAACUACUGCCGCACGAGGGGCGGUGAUCUCCUUCACGGCUUCAAGGGAUCAUCGUCGAUAUACAUACUGAACAAUCUCGAGAGACGAAAAGACAAGUUGAAAACGCAGCUGGUUUGGAUAGGGGCGCAAAAGGAGCCAGUGAUCACCGCGCGAACCUGGCGAUGGGUCGACGGCGAGAUUGUGCAGAAACCUUCCUGGGGAAAGGAUCAACCGAACAACUAUAACGGCGAGCAAAAUUGCGUGGUAUUGGACGGCGGCCGUGGUUGGCUUUGGAAUGACGUCGGUUGCAACCUUGACUACCUGCACUGGAUUUGUCAAAGCAAUCCACCUACAUGCGGUAGCCCAGAAAAAUCGGAAAACACCACGAUAGUCGGGACGAAGAGGGCCAUUGGAUCGACGAUAGACUACGUUUGCCCCGAUGGAUACAUGCUGAUCGGCACGAAGAGCCGAACGUGCGAUCCCAGCGGGUUUUGGAGCGGUGUGCCUCCCACCUGCAAAUUCGUCGACUGCGGUCCUCUGCCGGAGCUGGAGAACGGCGCGAUCACUCUGGUCGAUAAACGAACGACGCACGGGGCGCUCGCCGAUUACGCCUGCAAGGAAAAUUACACGUUGCUCGGCGACGCCAGACGUAGAUGCGGUGACGGCGGUAUUUGGAGUGGACAUAAACCCCAAUGCUUAUUCGAUUGGUGCCCGGAACCGCCGCAGGUGAACGGUGGAGUGGUGACGAUUACCGGAAGACGAACUGGUUCGACCGCCACGUAUUCGUGUCAGAACGGAUUCAUUUUAUUCGGAGACAAUGUUCUUACGUGCGAUGUCGGCGGAGCGUGGUCCGGCAAGGCGCCCCAAUGCCGUUUCGUCGACUGCGGCGCACCGGCCCAAAUCGAAUUCGGCACCGUGUCCUUAAUUAACGGCACCACCACGGUUAAGAGCUUGGCGGUGUACACGUGUCUGGAGGAUUACUGGCUGGUCGGCGAGGCGAAACAGGAAUGCACCAAAGAAGGGAAAUGGAGCCACGACACGCCGUCCUGCGAAUUGAUCACCUGCGAAGAGCCCGAUGUACCAACAGGAAGCUACGUAGUGGGAUACGAUCUGAACGUCCACAGUGCCAUCGAAUACCACUGCGAGGCGGGAUAUCUGCUUCAAGGCGGAGCCAGACACACAUGUGGCAAGGACGGAGAGUGGUCCGGCGAAGUGCCGAGCUGCGAAUACGUCGACUGCGGGAAGGUUUUGCCAGUUCUGAACGGAGCCGUGGAAUACGCGAACGGGACGACUCAUCUGGGAAGCGAAAUCACGUACAGUUGCACAAGGAACUACAGACUGAACGGAGUGUCGAGGAGAUAUUGCUUGGACAAUGGUCAAUGGAGCGACGCGACACCAAAGUGCGAAGAAAUUCGUUGCCCGGAACCCGUGUACGCGGAACACGGAAUUCUCUCGGUGACUGGGAACGAUAGGAUGUAUGGUAGAACGUUGAUUCGUACUGGAACUCCAGAGAACUCGAAUACUGGCGCAACUUCGUACAAGAUUAGCGCUCUGGCUAAAUACCGUUGCGAAAGGGGGUACAAGGUGGUCGGGGAGCCUCUGUCCACGUGCGAGGACAAUGGAAAGUGGAGCGGCGAAGUGCCGCGAUGCGUCUACGUCGAUUGCAGCAAGCCGGAGCAAAUUCAACACGGGAAAUAUACUCUGACGUCGAAUGCAACCUAUUACGGAGCAGCUGCGCUUUACGAGUGCGACGGUAACUUCGAGCUAGAUGGAUUCGCCAGAAGAUUGUGCCUCGAGAACGGCACGUGGAGCAGCGAUACUCCGGUUUGUAAAGAAAUCAGGUGCAAGGAUCCUGAGAAAGAUGGAGUACUGUCCACGCAAGUUUCGACGCACAGCGUGGGCGGCAUAGCUCACUACAAUUGUCCACGUGGAUACUACAUGGAGGGAAACGAAACCAGAGUGUGCUUGCAGAAUGGAUCUUGGAGCGGAAGCAUCCCUGCUUGUUUCUCCGUCGACUGCAAACAUCCGGGACCCAUAGAGAACGGACGAGUGAUUGUGGUGAAUGGGACCACAACGUAUGGCGGGACCGCAGAGUAUCAUUGUCUGCCGCAAUACGAGAGGGUCGGCCCGUUUCUAAGAAAAUGUUUGGAUACCGGAUCUUGGAGCGGAGAUGAGCCGAAGUGCGAGUUUAUGCCGAACGAAGUGGCGGAAGCGCAAGGCGUGGGUACAAGUGUUGGCAUCGCAGCCGGGGUCAUCAUAUGUAUAUUAAUUAUUCUUGGACUCGUUUACCUAAGACUGAGAAAAGCUACGCCAGUGAAGAAUACGGAAAACGUGCAGGCUGCCGAAAGAAAGGAAGAUCAAAAUGCCGCUGUAAUGUCUUAUGCGACGCUUAACGAUGGAACACCGAACGCUAUGUACGAAAACGUUCCGGAAGACGGUCUGUAUGACAGUCCGUACAGCAUAAGUGGCAGUACCUACGGGUAUGGCAACAACAUGAGAAGACAUUACGGAAGAUCCGGACAUUACGAAGCGGAACCAGUCUCGAACAGAAACGGCAUCACCAUUAACGGAGUGUCUGUUCGAUAGAUUGUAACCGAAAUAUUAGAAUCGUCUCUUAAAUCAGGUAUUAUUUAUGUACAGGAUAGAAGAGUUAGGAGGAUACCGACACGCGAAACAUUGUUGUCUUUAUUUAUGUUAUUAUAUUCGGCGCAUCGCCGAUUUAUUGUAAAUAAGUAAAGAGGAGGAACGCGUUUAUUAAGACUUCCCGCGAAAUUCACGUUAAGAUUUUC